UAUCUUUUUUUUUUCUCUCUCUCUCUCACUCUCUAAGAUUGUGGUGUCAUCAGUAAUGGACACGACGAAGGAGCCAAAGGUGGUGACUCUGAAGCCAAUCGAAGCAACUCCGUCAACCUUCAAAGAGUACGGUCAGGUCAUCGAGGCUUCGCCGGACGGCGAUGAGUUCGGUCCCCAUGAUGCUCAAUUGGACCUUAGCCAUGGAAUUCCCAGGUUCUACAUUAUGCAUCUGGAAAAUCGCCCGCUUAAGUUUUCUAAUAUUACACAUCAUGCAAGCGUGACUCAAUGUCUUGGGUCCAUUGGUGGUCAUGUUUGGUAUCUUGGAGUGGCUAAGUCAUCCAUUGUUGAUUCAAAUGCAAUCAAGGAUGACACAGGCAAGAAGAUUGUGCAGUCACCCAGCGGUCAUCCAUAUGUGCCUCCUGCCAUUGAGGAUGUCCAAGUUUUCAAGGUUGCAGGUUCCAAAUUUCUUAAGCUUAAUCGUGGGACAUGGCAUGCUGGCCCUCUAUUUAAGGCAGAGACAAUGGACUUUUACAAUCUAGAACUGAGCAACACAAAUGUGAUUGAUCAUACCAGACACAACUUUAAGAAGGCCAAUGGAGUGCUCUUUUUAAUCGAUGAAUAAUUUUAUAGCUUUAUCUAGUUUCCAGCUUUUCAACUGAUUCUGCAUAAUGUAUAUCAUUAAAUGGAACAUGUUAUAUAUGUAAUUUCUGGAAGGUUCCAUGUUGUGAUCAUUUGGUGCCACCAGUCAAAUUUUCCAUUUUACUUGUAUAACUGCUCUAUGAGAUAAUUAGCAUUUCACAUAAAGUAGUGACCUUUACCA